AUGAAACUCAUUCUUCUCGCGGUAAUCGCAAUCGGGGCGUUCGCUCAAGAUGAUGCUAAGGGUCCGAAGGUCACUGAUAAGGUGUUCUUCGAUAUUGAAAUAGGAGGAAAACCACUCGGAAGAAUUGUCAUCGGACUUUUCGGCAAAACUGUUCCAAAAACGGCUACUAACUUUAUCGAGUUGGCAAAGAAGCCGAAGGUAAGAUUUUGGUUUGAGUGAAUUCUAAAUUUAACGUAAUUCUUUAAGGGAGAAGGAUACACUGGAAGCAAGUUCCACCGUGUCAUCGAGGAUUUCAUGAUUCAGGGAGGUGAUUUCACCCGUGGAGAUGGAACUGGCGGUCGCUCUAUCUACGGAGAAAAGUUUGCCGAUGAGAACUUCAAACUGAAGCAUUAUGGAGCGGGAUGGCUAUCCAUGGCUAAUGCCGGAAAAGACACUAAUGGAUCUCAAUUCUUCAUUACCACCGUUAAGACUCCAUGGCUCGACGGACGUCAUGUUGUUUUCGGAAAGGUCCUUGAAGGAAUGGACGUUGUUCGCAAGAUCGAGAAGACUGAAAAGUCUCCAGGAGAUCGUCCAAAACAAGACGUCGUCAUUGCCUCUUCCGGACACAUCGCCGUUGAGACCCCAUUCGCUGUCGACAGAGAACCAGUCAACUAA